UAUUAAUUGACAGUAGUAAUUGUGUAAUCGUACAUACUCCGGGGUUAAGUCGUGAGAGGACCUAAAAAACUUCGACGUUCACUGUACGUGGACAGCGAGUAUGCAACUUUGUUGGUUUAGUGUAACCAUAAAAUCGUCUUCCGUUUAUAACACGAUGAGCCGGAAACAGACACCAAGUGAGUUCCUGAAGAAGAUUAUUGGAAGGCCAGUGGUUGUGAAGUUAAACUCUGGAGUCGAUUACAGAGGUGUGCUGGCAUGUCUAGAUGGCUACAUGAACAUUGCUUUGGAGCAGACGGAGGAGUAUGUGAAUGGACAGCUCAAGAACAAAUAUGGGGACGCCUUUAUCAGAGGAAAUAAUGCUGGCGAUACCGGAGAUGUGUGCGCCAUCGGAGAUGUGUGCGGUGAUGCAGGCGAAGGAGUAGAAUGCUUGCCUGCCUUGAAUCCACCAACAGCAGUUGUCGAAUGUAGAUGCCCAGGAACCGUUGGUCAGCAAUGCGCAAACGACAUCAAUUGCAAGCUAACUGAUGCAAACACGGUCUGCAUUGAUGUGGAUCCGAGUGCGACAAUUGAGAAUAGAUGCGCGUGCGUUGGUACAUCGAGUGUUAUAGCUUUUUGUCAGACAGAUGGAAAACCUGGCGGCAGGUGUGACGGUGCAGGUCCCAACUUUACAUGCUCUGGUGACAAAAACGCUGUCUGUGAUACUAACUCAGGGCUGUGUAUAUGUCGCAAUGGAACUGACCUUGUCAACGGCGUGUGCAUCAUACGCGGAAGUCUUGGAGGCCUUUGUGAUAUUGGCAGCACGUGUCCGUUGGACAAAAACGCGAUGUGUGACUUACAGACCAACAUGUGCAUAUGUCCUGUCGGUGCAUCAGCCUUCAACGGAGUGUGCGUCUUGAAUGGUUUCCCGUUAGGACUGUGCUCACUACAAAUUCCAUGUCUGGAUAAGUUCUCAUCCUGCACGGGCGGGAUGUGCAUGUGCAACAACGGCUCAACACUCAUCUCCGGAUCAUGCAUUCCCAACGGCAACCUUGGGGGUAUCUGCAACGGAUCAGCCUGCGGUGGAGAUCCAAACGCUAUCUGUCAGGCCAAUAUGUGCAUGUGUCAGUCGGGCUUCACGAACAUCCAGUCACGUUGCGUUGCAAAUGGUGCGGCGCACGGAGCGUGUGUGAGCGGCCUGUGCCCAUCGGACGUGUAUGCCACGUGUGUUGCCAACAUUUGCACUUGUGUGUCUGGAACCACCCUGGUUGGAUUCAUGUGCGUGCCAAAUGGUGCAUUCGGAGGUGUGUGUGACGGCGCCGGAAACUCCUCGUGUUCGCAGGACAAGAACGCGGUCUGUUCGGGAAACUUCUGUGUUUGCAAGCCAGGCUUCACGGGCAUCGAGGGAAGCUGCACACAAACUGGUGCAUGGAGCGGUCUAUGUGACCCAAGCAGCCUGUGCCCAUUUGACAGAAACGCGGUGUGCGACACCAUUAACAGAAUCUGUGUGUGCAAGAAUGGAACCUCUGCCAUCAAUGGAAUGUGUGUCCUCGAUGGAAAACUCCGGGGCCCUUGUGUUGGAGAUAGGUGUCCCCUUGACAGCCAUGCGGUCUGCGUGAACAACGUUUGCGUGUGCCAGAACGGAUAUUCACCGAUCAACGGCGUGUGUGUUGCAGACGGCUCAGUUGGCGGCUUAUGUAACGGAGUCACAUGCAAGGACCCGUUUGCUAGCUGCGUUAAUGGCCGCUGCUCCUGCAACACUGGCUUCACUGCGUUCAAUGGCUUCUGCCGCAGAGGACGACCGGGGGCCCCUCGUCCGGUUCCGGGGAUCCCCCGCAGGAUUCCGCCUAUCCACCACCACCAUUAGAAUGCAUACUACGACCGACCUGCUAACCUGGACAAAUGAUACAAACGAAUCCGAGGAAAUAAAAAUUUUCUAAUCAAUCACUUACAUAAAUAACAUCUUAAUCACUAUAUACAAUUUAAUAAAAUAACACAUACUUCACUAUAAAAGGAGUAGCAAUUUCGUUUUGUUCAUUACCUUAAAAGUUUUACCAUGUGGUCUCAAUUCAAUUAGAGUAUAAUAGCAAUUUCAUACAUUUCAUACAUAAAUUAUUUCUCCUUAUUAAAAAAAACAAUGUUCGCUCGCAACACACAAUUUAAAUGACAUAGUUAUAUCAUGUAGGCCAUAAUGAUUGAAGCUGCUUUAGUGGAAAACGACUCGUUUUAUAUUGCCCCGAUGAAGCAAAAACAUGCAUCGGCUGGCAACCAAUGAAGGCAUCAGACUUAAAGUAUUUACUUAUAUACUCUAUUGCUGAAUUGUAUCAUAAACUUUCAAUAAACCUUAUUCUGCAUC